GCCACUGGAUCACCCAUUUUCUUAUCCUUGGGUUUAUUUAUAGCGUUCGAUUUUUAUUCGUUUAUUUAUUUUUUUUGUCGCAUUUCAUUUUGUCAAUUGCGACUUUAACAUUUUUAUGAAAAAUAAAACCAAACUCGACCUUCAACCGGAUUGAGGUUUAAUAUAGGCAGGCAAAUUUUAUACAGCCUUGCGAGCUAGCAAAAAAGUUAGCCUACCGCGAGAUCGCGUCUCGAGACCAACCGGCUAGCUGCAUUUAAUAAGAAGCCAGAAGAUGGUGGAGUCAUCAUCAGAGUUCACCUUUUCUCUGGAGAACCUGUUCUUUGACAGACCAGUGGUCCAGAAAGUGAAGCCGUUAUGUCAGGAGCAGAGCGCGUGGAAGCUAGAUGCCGCGCCUGAAAUUUCAACAAUCCCGGCAACUCAGGAGCUCCAGAAAGAGGCAGAAAGCCUGGCUUCUACCGCUUGCUUUCAGAGGCCAAAGAAGUUUCUACCCUCUUUCCGAAGACCCGGCGUCACCGUAGCACACAGCAUCCAAAGUCAGGUGAUGAGUGAAGACCAAGACCAAGUCUGGAGUCCUGAAAUAUCUGUGUCUGGGUUCCGUCCUAAUCUCAGUAGCCACCAGGACGUCCCUGACGCACCGCAGAACCCGGGAGGAAGAAGAUUUUUUCGUCCCACUGGCAAUCAACUCAAAACUCGGUUAUUUAAUCCUCCCAUGAGGAAGCGCCACGGUGUUUCCUUUUCAGCAACGACGCAUCACAGCAUCGAAUCGGACCCUUCGGAUGCUGCGGUCGCUAUGGCGACAGAGCGUCCUCCCCUGCCCCCUGUCGAAGCUGCUUCCUGUAGCUCCAUCGGGGAGGUCAAAAAGAAGGAGGGACGCAACAAUCAACAACAGAACUGCUCUGUCGUUCGCCCUUUUUCUCCCAAACCUCUUCAGAUACAAGGCACAUCAGGACCAGGGAUCCUCCGCCCCGUGUCUGAAAUCCCGCUAAAGUUCAGGAGCAUCUUUAACGACUUCCCCUACUUCAACUACGUGCAGUCUAAAGCCCUGGAUGAUGUUUCUGUUUUGCAUUUGAUCUUCUGGUUGUUCUCCAGGAAGCCGUUAUGUCAGGAGCAGAGCGCGUGGAAGCUAGAUGCCGCGCCUGAAAUUUCAACAAUCCCGGCAACUCAGGAGCUCCAGAAAGAGGCAGAAAGCCUGGCUUCUACCGCUUGCUUUCAGAGGCCAAAGAAGUUUCUACCCUCUUUCCGAAGACCCGGCGUCACCGUAGCACACAGCAUCCAAAGUCAGGUGAUGAGUGAAGACCAAGACCAAGUCUGGAGUCCUGAAAUAUCUGUGUCUGGGUUCCGUCCUAAUCUCAGUAGCCACCAGGACGUCCCUGACGCACCGCAGAACCCGGGAGGAAGAAGAUUUUUUCGUCCCACUGGCAAUCAACUCAAAACUCGCAACGACGCAUCACAGCAUCGAAUCGGACCCUUCGGAUGCUGCGGUCGCUAUGGCGACAGAGCGUCCUCCUGCCCCCUGUCGGCUGCUUCCUGUAGCUCCAUCGGGGAGGUCAAAAAGAAGGAGGGACGCAACAAUCAACAACAGAACUGCUCUGUCGUUUGCCCUUUUUCUCCCAAACCUCUUCAGAUACAAGGCACAUCAGGACCAGGGAUCCUCCGCCCCGUGUCUGAAAUCCCGCUAAAGUUCAGGAGCAUCUUUAACGACUUCCCCUACUUCAACUACGUGCAGUCUAAAGCCCUGGAUGAUGUUCUUUACAGUGGCAGGAACUUUGUGGCCUGUGCCCCGACCGGCUCGGGGAAAACCACGCUGUUCGAGUUGGCAAUCGUUCGACUGUUAACCGAGACGACCGAACCGUGGCACGAUGUCAAAGCCGUCUACCUGGCUCCCAUUAAAGCUUUGUGCAGUCAGAGAUAUGAGAACUGGAAGCAGAAGUUCGGGCCGCUGGGUUUGAGCUGUAAGGAGCUGACAGGAGACACAGAGAUCGAUGACUAUUUCGAAAUCCAGGAUGCCCAUCUCAUCAUGACGACUCCGGAAAAGUGGGACAGUAUGACGAGGAAGUGGAGAGAUAAUGUUCUACUGCACUCGGUCCGGCUCUUCCUGAUCGACGAGAUACACGUGGUGAAAGACGUGACUCGAGGAGCCACUCUGGAGGUUGUGGUCAGCAGAAUGAAGACCAUGCAAUCGUACCGCACGUCUGAAGAUCCACAAUCAAAGACCUGCAUGAGAUUUGUAGCCGUCUCAGCCACCAUACCAAACUUACAAGACAUUUCUGAGUGGCUGUCAGAUGAUUCGGGUCCUGCUGCGUGUUUGAAGAUGGAUGAGAUCCACAGACCGGUGAAACUAAGGAAAGUGGUGUUGGGGUUUCCGUGUGCCAACAACCAGAACGAAUUCAAAUUUGACCUCUCGCUCAACUACAAGAUGGCCAGCAUCAUUCAGACCUACUCCGACCAGAAACCCACACUGGUGUUUUGUUCCACGAGGAAAGGAGUUCAACAGUCGGCCGCUGUUCUCGCCAAGGACGCCAGAUUCAUCAUGAGCAUUGAUCACAGACAGAGGCUGAUAAAAUAUGCCAACUCUGUUCUGGAUACCAAACUCAGAGAUCUGAUCAUGUGUGGUGUGGGGUAUCACCACGCGGGGGUGGGGGUCUCAGACAGAAAGCUGGUGGAAGAGGCGUUCACUGUGGGCGACCUGCCCGUCCUCUUCACGACCAGCACUCUGGCGAUGGGUGUGAACCUGCCUGCCCACCUGGUGGUGAUUAAAUCCACCCUGCACUACGUGGGUGGAGCCUGCGAGGAGUACAGCGAAGCCGACAUGCUGCAGAUGAUCGGGAGAGCCGGUAGACCUCAGUUUGACACGUCUGCCACGGCUGUAAUCAUGACUCGAUCUCACACUAGAGAUAAGUACCUGCAGUUAGUGAGCGGCUCUGAGACUAUAGAAAGCAGCCUGCACACAAACCUGGUGGAGCAUCUGAACGCCGAGAUCGUGCUUUACACCAUCUCUGACGUGAACAUGGCGUUAGACUGGAUCCGUUCCACGUUCCUCUACAUCCGAGCUCUGAAGAAUCCCAAACACUAUGGUUUUUCUUCUGAUCUCGAUAAAUGCGGGAUUGAAACCAAGCUGCAAGAGCUUUGCCUCCGAAACUUGACCGCUCUGGCUUCUUUUAAUCUGAUCACCAUGGACGAGGACGUAAACAUCAAACCUACUGAGAGCGGGAAGCUGAUGGCUCGAUAUUGUGUUGCAUUCGACACCAUGAGGCAGUUUAUGAAGGUGACCGGUACAGAAACCUUGUCUGAACUGGUUGAUAUAAUAUCGAAGAUAAAGGAGUUCAGUGACGUCCAGCUGAGAGUCAGUGAGAAGAGAACCCUGAACAUGCUGAACAAGGAUAAGAACAGAGUCACUAUCCGGUAUCCAAUGGAGGGAAAGAUCAAAAGCAAUGACAUGAAAGUUAACUGUUUGAUCCAGGCUCAGCUGGGCUGCAUCCCGAUUCAGGAAUUUGGACUCACCCAAGACACUGGGAAGAUUUUCAGGAGUGGAAUCAGACUCAGUCGAUGUCUGGCGGAGUUUCUCACUCAGCACUCCAAGAAGAAUUUCUCAGCCCAACUCAACGCUGUGAUCCUGGCCAAGUGUUUUAGAGCCAAGCUGUGGGAGGAUUCGCCCUAUGUCUCCAAACAACUGGACAGGAUUGGUUUAUCUCUGGCUAAUGCAAUGGUGAAUGCAGGUCUGACUUCAUUUAGCAAGAUUGAAGAAACUAAUGCUCGAGAACUGGAGCUGAUUGUGAACCGACACCCUCCUUUUGGAAACCAGAUUAAAGAAGCCGUCAGCAGACUCCCAAAAUAUGAAGUCAGUCUGGAACAGCUUCCACGUUACAGCGUCUCUACAGCAGAAAUCGUUAUCACAGUCAACUUGAAGAACUUUAAGGAACUGAUGUUGAAAAGGACCUCACCGGACUAUCAUUAUGUCACGCUCAUCAUCGGAGACUGUGACAACAGCAUCAUCUUCCAGCAGAAGAUCUCAGACACUUUACUGCUGAAGUCUGGAAACUGGUCGAGGAGGAUCGAAGUGACAAGAUCGCCUGUCGGAGAUGAGAUCAGCAUCAAUUUAAUCAGCUCGGACUACGUGGGACUGGAUAUCCAGCAGAAAUUCAGUGCCUUCUACUCAGGAGCGAAGACGUUUCGAGUCAGUCCGGCGUUUAGGAGCAACACCAGAGAAAACCCACAGAGAAACAGCGUCACGGAGAACUCUGCUGCAUCACCAGCUCCAGUACAGAAAGACCGGUUCAAAUCAGAUCCUUCUCAGACAAACCCCAGCAAACGCCAUUGCAACCAUUUCUGUAAAAACAAGCAGCUCUGUGGUCACGAAUGCUGCAAAUCCGGCGUACAGAAAAGGCUGACGAGCCAAGAGCCCACUUUCUCAUCAUAUCUCCAAGAUCUAAAGAUGAGGAAUGAGAAACUCAUGGAGAUGCCAGUCAAGCGCUUAAAGAUGAAGAUGAAAGGUGAGGCAGAGGCAAUCAGCAUGCAGCGGUUCUCCUACACACAGAAAGAACUCAUGCCUGCUGCUACAUGGAUUCAGAAACGUCUUGCUACACCUUCAGCAUACCAGCAUGCGUAUCCCGCUGAGACACGUUAUGACGAUGUUUCCACGAGGAGAGACGCUACAAACAGGGCACCCGAGAGAAUCGCUUCAAGUGAAUACGGCUACGUCUCAAACGCAGACCUCAGCCCCGACAUCGGCUUUUCGUCCGUGACAUUUGACCUGACACUGGAUGACUGGGAUGAUUUUGGUGAAGAUAACUUCAUGCCAGGUGGUGAGGAUUCAUACCAUAAGGGACGUGACUCUACUCAAACACCAGUUCCUACUGUGUGUGUGGAAGCUAAACCUGGUUUGCUGAGACCUCACACACCUCCAAGGUCCAGAUGUACAGCUCCACCACUGCAAAAUACCACAAGAUUAAGUCCAACUAAAAAGAGGGUGAGUCCGGAAAUCCCCGUGGCCACGGCGAAGCCGAGCGAAAAUACUCCACUGUUAGAGCUGACAAAGAAAGAGCCGGUGAACGAGGGGCACAAAACCCUGGGAGGACUCGGGCGGAGGAGGAGCGAGAGGUCGACAUGUUCCUCGGUAUAUUUGAUGGAAUUUUCUAGACUGUCUUGUGGUUGUUGGUAAGGUUUAUUACCUCGAACAGCACUAAAGAUGUUUAUUAAUUCAUCAAUAAAUAUGAAGGUUUACAGUAUUUACAUAAUCCAAACAUCAGUUUUUAUGAAUUUGUUCAUUAAGAAAGUUUACAGUCUCCUGUUAUAUUCAUUCAUUUAUUUAUUUAUUUAUUUAUUUAUUUAUUUAUUUAUCUAUCUAUCUAUCUAGUUUUAGUUUAGAUGUGGUGUUUGGAGGUUUGGGAUCUAAAUUAAUUCAUUAAUUAACAAACAAAAAACAAACAACUAAAUAUUAUAUACAAUAUAUGUAACACUGAUUUCACUAGAUGAACUUAUUGAAUUAUUAUUGUUGCUGUUAUUUAUUUAUUGUGUUUGUAAUUAAAAUCAUUUGUUUUAUAAAUAUAGCACAAUAUUAUAUUUUGUAUUUGAAUCAAAUGAUUUUUGCAAAUGUGCAUCUUUUAAAUGUUACACUAAAGAAAUAAAUACGGCAACG